AUGUCCUACAACGACGAAGACCCCCGCCGCGAGCGCGGUGACGAUUAUGACGAACGCCGCGGCGGAGGCUACGGCGAGGGCCGCGAGGAAUAUGGCCGCGAGGGUGGAUACGACGAGCGUCGUGGCCACUCCGGCGGAGAGCGCCGUGAGGAGUUCGGCCGUGAAGGCGGAUAUGAAGGCGGCCGCCCUGGAGGCUAUGAAGGAGAGCGCGAGCGAGGCUACGGCGGUGGACGAGACGAGUACGGCGGCGGCCGUCCAGGCGGCUACGAAGGCGAGCGCGGCCACGGACGCCCGGAAGGCUACGAAGGCGAACGCGAGCGAGGCUAUGGCGGCGAGCCCCACCGCCCCCGCCGCGACGACUCCCCCGGCUACGAAGAUCGCCGCCGAGAAAUGGCCGAACAUGGCAGCACCGGCUACGGUGCGGGUAAUCCUGCCCACGGCGGGCCCAACAUCCGCGCUGACCGGCCCGGCGGGGACUUCCACUACGGCGGCGGCGGCUCUGCGGGCGACAACUAUUACGACAGCUCCAAGACCUUCGGCGAGGAGCGGUACGCCUCGACCGGCACGGGCUACGGCGGUGGUGGCGCGCACGGCGGGUACAGCGAUGACUUCUCGGGCGCCGAGGACCGCGCGCUCGAGUAUGCGGGCGAUAGCGCGGAUCGGAGCCUCUUUGCCAGCGCGCUGGGUGGCCUGGCUGGACGGCGGCAGAAUCUGAGGGAUGAGGAUCUUGAUGAGGACGAUGCGGUACGUCAGCACCGGAGCAUGUACGGCGACGGCGACGGCGACGGCGAGCGUGGGUUUGGUGGUGGAUAUGGCGGCGGACAGGCGUCGUCGGGCAAUUUGGGCGCGGCGGCAGCGAUGCAGGCGCUCAAGAUGUUCUCGGGCGGCUCCGGGGGUGGCCACUCAGCGCCCCAAGGCCAGAGCCAGAAUGCGUUCAUCGGUAUGGCGAUGGGGCAGGCGGCGAAGCUGUUUGAUCAGCAGGCUGCGGCUGGGAAGACGACUCCCGGUGCUAACAAGCAGGACGCUGUGGGUUCCGCUGCGCAAAUGGCAAUGAAGAUGUAUAUGAAGUCUGAGAUGGGCGGCGGGCACUCGUCUGGAGGUGGCGGCAGCGGUGGCGGCGCUGCUGGCUUGCUGAAUCUGGCAAGCAAGUUCUUGAAAUAG